GGCUGUGGGUUGGAGCCGCUGUCCCUGGGCUGGCACGUUCCUUAGUAUUUAUUUCUCAUCAUUUGAUUCGAUUCCCCCCACUAAAUUUUGCAAUCAGGCCUUCCGACUGACAAACAGUCGUUCGGUCCUUCAUUUUGAUAGUCUGAAAUUUACGUCAAGAGAAAUACUCGUAAAAAGAUGGCGGUAAGCGGGAUGUCAGGGUCGGUUGUCGCCCGGCUCGAGGGCCGAGAAUUCGAAUAUCUGAUGAAGAAGCGCUCGGUCACCAUCGGUCGGAAUUCGUCACAAGGCUCCGUGGACGUGAGCAUGGGCCACUCAAGCUUUAUUUCACGGAGACACCUCGAGAUCUUCUCCGCCGGCGAAGACGGAGCGGGCGGCGGAGAUUUCUACCUUCGAUGCCUCGGCAAAAACGGGGUGUUCGUUGACGGGGUGUUUCAGAGACGAGGGGCUCCUCCUCUCCAGCUUCCCCGCAUGUGCACCUUCAGAUUUCCCAGCACAAAUAUUAAAAUUACGUUCACUGCCCUGUCCAAUGACAAGAGAGACCGCAGAAACGCUCCUGAGUCUCCUAUGAAGGCGGUCCAACCCCAGAUCUCACCGCUGACAAUCAACAUUCCAGACAACAUCGCCCACCUGAUGAGUCCACUACCAUCUCCAACAGGUACAAUCAGUGCUGCCAACUCAUGCCCAUCUAGUCCUCGAGGGGCAGGGCUAUCCAGUUACAAGAUGGGUCGUGGUCUCACAGCUGAACUCAUCAAUGAGAAUUCUCAAUCUGAAAAUGACAAGGAAGCUUCCGGGGGCGACAGUCCAAAAGAUGACUCCAAGCCUCCUUACUCAUAUGCGCAGCUGAUUGUCCAAGCUAUCACAAUGGCACCAGACAAACAACUGACACUGAAUGGAAUAUAUACCCACAUUACAAAGAAUUAUCCAUAUUACAGGACAGCAGACAAGGGCUGGCAAAACUCAAUUCGCCAUAAUUUGUCCCUAAACCGCUAUUUUAUCAAAGUACCCAGAUCACAAGAGGAGCCAGGUAAAGGCUCUUUCUGGAGGAUAGACCCCUCAUCUGAGGGCAAGCUCAUUGAACAAGCUUUCCGCAAGCGCAGGCCACGCGGUGUGCCGUGUUUUAGGACCCCACUAGGCCCCCUGUCUUCAAGGAGUGCCCCAGCAUCACCUAACCACACGGGGGCACUGUCAGCCCACUCGAGUGGUGUACAGACCCCAGAUAGCUUAUCACGUGAAGGCUCACCUGUUCCCAUGGACCCCGAGCCCACCCCUGCCUCCGCUCCUGCUCCAACUGUCCAGCCCAAAUUAGCAGUCAUACAAGAAGCUUGCUUUGCACAAAAUGCACCAGGUUCACCCCUCAACACCCAACCAGUACUCAUCACAGUCCAGCGGCAGUUACCACAGACCAUCAAACCCGUCACCUACACCGUAGCCACACCAGUGUCCACUCCCUCAUCCCAGCAGUCUGUCAUGCAGACAGUCCACCUGGUGCAUCAGAUCCCCGCCGUUUCUGUUGCCGCUGUAACGCGCGCUGUACAAGCCCAGGCUGUUGCCACUCAGACUAUGACUAUUAAAGCAGAGCCACACGAGAACGGAGAACACCAGGGGGUCAAAGUGAAAGUGGAGCCAGUGCCUGCUAUCACCGCCACUUCUAUAGGUGGAACAAGUCGAGUCCUUCAAACGUCCCAAUCCGCCCCCAUACAGACAGUUACUAUAGUGCAACAGGCACCAUUAGGCCAGCAUCAGCUUCCUGUUAAGGCAAUCACACAGAAUGGAACUCAUGUGGUUGCUGCUAUCCAAGGGUCAGGAACUACAGCGAGCCCUCUCCAUAUGCUGGCAACCCAUGCCUCUGCCUCGGCAUCCCUGCCCACCAAACGUCAGAAUGGAGACCAAGCGGAGCUGCCUGACACCAAAAGGGUCAAGACUGAAGACGGAGCUGUCCCUGUCUCAGCGGAGAGAGACCAGCAGAGCACCAGGGAUUAGGGCAGCCGUGUCUUGACCUUUGACCUCAACCCUUUUUUUUGCUUCUCCCCCGCCACCCACCUGCUAUACUCACAUCACCUGUCAGUGAACCCAAGGUGCCAAAUAGUGAGAUGAGCUGAAACGUCAGUGGAUUUUUGGAGCGGUCUAAUGAUUAGGGGUAAAUGUAAAAAAAGGUGCAUACAGGAUGUGGAGGAGACGAUAGAGAUACUGUUGUACUUUGUGAAAGACUGUUGAAGGUGUGAAGGAAGGCGGGCAGUGGGCCUUUUACAUAAAUGGGUAAAUACUCACAGAUAUAUGUACACAUAUAUUAAUAUAGCCUACUUGAAGUUAAGAAAUGAAAUGUAUUUUAGAUUCGAACUGGGUGUGACCCAGAAGAGAAGGUCUCCAUCACUAGUAUCUCUGGGCCGAAUGUGAAUGGAGAGGAGAGCAUGGUGUAUGGGCAAAUAGACAACCCCUUUGUGUUAUGAACAAACAAACAACCGGCCAAUGACGUAUGUAAAUGUAUGUAACGCACACACGCAUGCGUAUCAAAUGUGUGGUCACAAGUCCCCCUUCCCCCUGUCAGAGGUCUUGAACAUAUGCAUUAACCUGAAGAAGACUUAAAACAUUCAGACAGGUCAAACGUGGACUUGCCAAAAACAUUUAAGAUGGAUUAGCUCUUAAAAAUGUGAACCUGCUCAUCAUUUCAUCUUAAUAUUCACCAAUGGAAAAUUAGCUUGUUUCUCUUUGGCAAAGAGAAAUGUGGGGAGUUUUCUUUCCUGUAUCAUGGCAGCUAGCUACCAUGUCAACCUACCUAAUGCAGUCUUUAGUAGAUAUGCAGUAUUUUGUCGUACAUGUGUACAUUAGGAUCUUAUUUGUGUGUGUGUGUGUGUUUGUUUUCUGCGGCACAAAUACUCAACAAAAACAGGCAGUGCUGAGGUCAUUUGGAAAUUUUUUGUACUACAUUUUUAUUUCACAAGGUUUUUGUUUUUUUAAGACGUGGACUCGUGGUCAUGGAAAUGAAUGUAGUUUCUUCAUUUUUUGUUCCAAAACACUAUUAAUUGAGGGUUUGAGUUAUUUGCUAUAACAUUGAAUCAAAAUGAUGAUUACUUGCAUCCUCUUGUUUUCAUAUUUUAACCAAUAACCUAUGAGAAUUAUAUUUCCAUUUGUACUUUGUUAAAAUAUAUGAGUUUGCAUGAACUUGAGGAAAUGUGCUGUACCUGAUUAGUUUUCCUGGUAAGGGAACUGCAGAAGAUGAACGAAAAAAGCUAAAUAAUAUUUUAUAAAAUUUGGGAUCAUUGCUGCACUUACAUUUUGGUUUUGUUAUUUCCCUUUCUCCCCAUUGUUUUUCAUUUCUUUUAUAUUCAGUAUGUCGUUGGCUGUGUUUGUUAUCUUUGUGUUAAAGUUGUCUCUUUGCCUGUUAAUAUUAUUUUAUUCUGUUCAAGCAACUGAAAGACUACACGGAUAGUACAUGUUCCACAAGGAAAAAUAAGUGGUAGAUGUUGUUCAGCUUCAGUGGGUAUAUGCAUUUUUUUAUAAAUUAAAUUAAAAACUCCAUUUAUGUUCUGGA